AUGUGCUGUGAAGGGACUCUGUACAACCUGCAGGUUCAAGAUAGGCUCUCAGAGGAGGCCCAGUGCUCUGGGAGUGUCCUGAUGGAGGUCAGCUCCACCCAGAUCUGCUGCUCUGCCCCAGGACUAGACCUGCUCUACCCUACCCAGCCAGGGUUCAUCUGCCUUGGGCACCGCUACCCCAACACCUCCCUGUGGUCUUGCUGCGUGGGGGUCCUGCACCCAAGGCCUGAACCACACACCACCAGCAAAAACAUGAUUCCAGAUGUCUACCAAUGGUGGCAGGCUGUGGCUCUCAGAGUUUACAAUCCAGACAUCAAAAUCUUCUGCGCCUGGCAGCUGUCCAAUAGGGUGCUUGGAGACAACUUGUUCUGUGGUACAACUCCAUAUGGUGUAGAGGACCGAGGGGUGCUGUGCUGUAACCAGACGUUGCACCGUGGGGUGGAGGCUGGGCACCAGUGCUCCCCAGGUGGCCACUUGUAUCUGCCGUCCCGUGACAUGGUGUGUGAGUCACGCGUCCAUCUCGAUGAUCCAGGCAAACACUGCUGUGGAGAGGAGACAUAUGACCCUCAGGAUGAAAUCUGUUGCAACGGACUGAAGCCGGUGGUUCCUGGUCCCCGGGCUGAUUCCAUCUCCCACGAGACCCCUCCACCUCCCUUGGACAUCGAGUGAAGCCCCGUCCAUACAGUCAGAUCCCUCCUGGACUCCCGAAUUUGUGGGGGUCGGCUCCAGUACCUGGUGGACUGGAAAGUGUACGGUCCAGAGGAGUGGUGUUGGUUUCGGUGGAUGACAUUCUAGAUCCCAACAUCAUCUGAGGGGGGGUUGGAGGGUACUGUCUUCUCCUGCUCACUAACUGGUAGACGUUGUGCCGGUUUACUAACCACAGGACCUGGAAACCCAUCUUUACGCACACCUGGCAACCCUCAUUACGCACACCUGCGUCUCAUCAUCAGUCACACUUAGACUUCAUAACUCAUCCUUUAUAUAGUACCCUUUUGUUAGUAGUCGUCAGUUAGUAAUAUUUAUGUUUCCAUGUCAGACGCUUCUCAUGUUUUGUGCCGUUCCAUGUUCAUUAUUAUUAAACUCACUAACUGCA